CCAAUGGGUAUGGGUAACUUCUGUCCCUCAGCUGGUGGGACCAAUAUGUCUAUGAGUGCUCUGAGACCAAGAAGAAAGUGUGCCUCUCUCUCACUUUCCUAUCAGGAACCUAGUCUGAAAUGUAAAUUGAGGAGAGGGGACCCAUUUACCGACCAGGCAGCAGCUGACUGGAAUCUUCCAGAUCACAAGGAUCGGAAGAAGAAGACGAGUGGGAAGAGUAACAUUCUCACACAGAGGAAAGUACUACGUGAGGUUCAGAAUCAACUGUAGACUGAACUGAACACUUGCUCCAUGCC